GGUGGUAGUGUGUGUGUGUGUGUGUGAGAGUGAGGAAGGGAAUUGAAGGGAAGAAAGAGAGACAUGACAAAAAUAUCAAAAGGCAGAAAGCACGCCGUACCAUGCGAGCUAAAUUGGUGACCGAUGGGAUCGAGGAUGUCGGAUUAAUGGUGACUACCGCAGCCCGUUUUCACAGAGGAAGCUUCUCUAUUGCAACUUGGGCGCAGAGGGUCCGCGGGGAAACAUGGCCGAAGGAGGGCCGGGUAAAGGUGGCGGAGAAGACCCCGCCAAGUCCACCGAGCAGGAGGACCGGACUCGACCUCAGAUCCUGUCGGGAUCGGGCUUCUGCAAAUGGUUCAACGUCCGGAUGGGCUUUGGAUUUAUCUCAAUGACCAGCAGCGAUGGGAGCCCCGUCGACCCCCCUCUGGAUGUUUUCGUCCACCAAAGCAAACUGGUGAUGGAGGGCUUCCGCAGCUUAAAGGAGGGUGAGCAGGUGGAGUUCACCUAUAAGAAGUCCUGUAAGGGCCUGGAGUCCCUGCGGGUGACCGGACCUGGUGGGGGACCCUGCGCAGGCAGCGAGAGGAGACCCAAAGGGAAGGUCCCACUCCAGAAACGCAAACCAAAGGGAGACCGCUGUUAUAACUGUGGAGGUCUGGAUCACCAUGCCAAGGAGUGUGGCCUGCCCCCCCAGCCAAAGAAAUGCCACUACUGCCAGAGCAUCACGCACAUGGUGGCUCAGUGUCCCCACAAGGCGCUGGCGCCCGCCACAGGCUCUCAGGACCAACAUGCGUCUACCUCGGCCUUCAGCCCAGGGACCGGGCCCUACCUCUGCCCCCCCGAGGAGGAGGAGCGCUCCGGCUCGUCUCCCCUGGAGGGCUCCUCCUCCUCCCCCGAGGAGCCCCACACACACCGCGGCCCCCGGACCCAGAGGUGGAGGAAAUCCUGAAGAAAGCCCAUAGAGGUGAACCUGUCACCUGCUAACUCCCCGACCCUCAU